AUGUCAGCAAAAGCGGAUGUUCAAUUGAAGGAUUUCGGAAGCAUCUUCCGGCUCGAUGGCAAGGUCGCAGUGGUAACUGGGUCUACUUCGUUCCGAACAUUGGACCUGACCGUUGAUUGCAGUCUCCUCCAAGCCGGCUGCUCGAAAGUCUUCAUCACCUCCCGCAAGGCGAAAGCUUGUGAGGAAGCAUGCGAAGCCCUCAAUGCCCUUGGCUGCAAAGGCACCGCCGUCUCCGUUCCUGCCGACCUCGCUAGGACGUCCGAGAUCGAACGAUUGGUGAAGGAAGUCGAGAAGCAUACAGACCGUGUCGAUAUCCUGCUGGCCAAUGCGGGUGCGACAUGGGGUGCAGGUUUCGACGAACACCCGGAGAGUGCGUUUGCUAAGGUGAUGGACUUGAACGUGAAAAGCGUGUUCGUGUGCUGUCAGAGAUUCGCUCCUCUGCUUCGCAAAGCAGGUACACAUGAAGACCCAUCACGUAUCGUCAUAACCGCCUCGAUCGCAGGUAUCGGCAUCGGCACCCUAGGCGCGAACGCAACGUUCGGCUAUUCUGCUUCGAAGGCCGCAGCACUACAUCUCGCACGAAACCUCGCAGUUGAGCUCGGGCCCCAGAACAUUCUCACGACAGCAAUUGCGCCUGGUUUCUUCCCAACGAAGAUGGCGAGCGGGUUAAUGGAGCUCAGUGGCGGCGUGCAGCAACUGGCCGAUGCUAACCCGAAUAAGCGCUUAGGUAUGCCAGAGGAUAUUGCUGGAACAAUCGUCUAUUUGUGUAGCCGAGCAGGCAGUCACGUCAAUGGCGGUCACAUUGUGCUCGACGGAGGAGCUGUAGUUAAGAGCUCAAAGUUGUAG